AUGUCCGGAAUACAUGUGAAAUCUGGGUGGAGUGAGGGUAGUGACUUUACGAACAAUUUCAUCUCCGACCUAGGUCCAUUGCUUGCGCUCUUCGGAGAACAGGUCGCCAAACAGUUCAUGAGUGAAUCAAUGGGUUGGGCCGACAGCAUCAUAUUCGCGAUGGGACCUUUGGGCAUCAUCACCGCCAUCGUUAGCGCAAUAAGAGUUGGGGGGCCAAGCUGGCUCAAAGCAAUUGUUGGGAGGGCUAGAGAAAAUCGGGCGGUUGCAGAAGUGGAGCUGAUGUCUUCAACGUCGCAUGAAGUUUGUGAGCUGUGGAAUGGGCAGCAAAUUGUGAGGAUAAUGGGGUCACCAGAGAUCAGGGAAUUGAUCCGUAUUGAUAAGAAAGCCGAUAAGGCCAAGAGAUCAGAGGGGCAUAGAGAGAUGUCAUCGACAUUUACGACAUUGGAACAGGCCGAGAAAGACAAGAUUGUUUCAAAAGUAAAAGCAGAUGACCCGGAGGUUCAGCCAAAGCCAAAGCUAGAGACUCAGCAGAACGGCGGUCCACAGAAAGCCCAGGCUCCACAGAAAGCCCAGAACCCACAGAAAGAGCAUGAGAAUCUACAAACAUCGGUCGAGAAGCCUUUGAUGAAAAGUGCUCCAAACAUAUCUCUCAAUAUCCAUGAUCACAGUGGAAGGCAUGAGCUCCAUGCUGUAGCCGUGAUUGGAACAACCCUGCAAUUGUUUGUCUUGAUAUAUGGUGGCUUUGCUACGUACCACCCCCGGCUCAAGUAUCAAAAGGAGGGGUCAGAUAUAGCAUUCUAUGCUUUCCCUCUCACAUCGAUUGGUACCUUACUUCUGGUGGUUGGCCUGCUUGUUUGUUCGUAUGUAAUAGAGCGCAGCACAAGGGAACAGGACUAUGAGAUAAAGGAUGCAGACGCUCAUAUCCUAUGGCUACAGAAAAAUGCCACUGUAGGGGACCAGGAGUUCGAUUCCUAUGCAAUUUUUGCAAAAGACAAACGCAAUAUCAUCACAACAUCACGUCGGAAUAACUACGGCCCCUCCGAUCCAUCUAAUAACGGAAGUUCUAUGAGUUCGGAGGUUUUAACCUCAGCAGGGGCAAUCAUAACCUUAUGCGGAUUCUUUGGGCAAUUUAUUGGUCUUCGGGGGUUGCAUUGGUCUAUUACCUUUACACAGCUUGCAGUCACUCUUAUAAUGGUGAUAUUGAGAGCAUGGGUACGACGCGGACUUGCAAAGCGUCCAUACAUCCAGUUAUUACCCCCAAAGCAUGAGAUCGACUGGCUGGCAACGCGAAUUACGCACGAAACAUGUGAUCUUUGGAGGGAGCUUGGGCCCUCGCCCCCGCCUUGGUGGAAGAAAGUUUGGGGUAAAAUAUGUAUGCGACAGGAACCACCAAAGGUAGUUGACCAAGUCGAGGAGCCUUUUUGGAGUAGACGCUGCUUCAAUUGGGAUAUCAUGACUGGGGAGGACGCGUAUGAAUACAGGUGUUUGAAGAAAAAGAUCUCAAGCCAUAGAACCGGGAGAAUGAAUCGGGUUGUCCAAAGCCGGAAAGAACUCGGGUGGCUAACAAAGUGGCCCGGUUCUGGUCUCGAUUAUGCAACAUCCGUGACGGCUGCAAUUGACCUUGUCAUGAACACUCUUAUGAGUGGGGAUGGUUUGGGGAAUGAGUGCUUUUGGACUAUGUGUGCCCCUAAUGGUAAAUUGAUUGCAUUUAAGAUCGAACGUCCGGCCCCUAGGGGCAAAUGGAGUGCUGAUGUCGCCGAAAUUGAAGCAACACUGUCCUUAUGGCUUUAUAAAGUACGCGAGAAAGAGGAAGCAAAUUAUGACGAUAACGAUAAGAGUGCAUGGCUGAGAAGUGAAAUGCCAUCGAAGCGUCAAGGUUUGCGGCUUCUUGGGAAUAGUACAAGGGCUGCUCGGAGAGAUAUGAAGUGGUGGAUUGGUAACGAUAUUUCGAGAAUAUCUCAAGUGGGGAUGCCAUCCACCAUACCCGAAGAUGACAUGAACACUGAAGUUCUGGAAACUAUCACUGUCGAAAGUCAUCGUGUUGUUGGGUUUAGGGGGCAUAAGACAGCCCCGUGUUGUGCAUCACAAAGCCGGACAGGGUCAAUGAUAUAUAAAAUUCAACAGCUACCUGAAGACCUUACCAGUGACCUUUCAAGUUUGGAAAAGAACAGUGCCGUUCGGGACCAAGACGAUUCCCAGUUUAGCCUGGCUGCGGUUUCAGAUGCCCCCAUCGGCUUGCUAUUUGCUCAAGACAUGUUUUCAAGUUUUAUGUGGGCUGUGGCCGAGACCAUUAGUCGAGAGAAUAUCGCACGCUUGAUGGGGCCGGCAACGGUUCAGCAGGUUGAGGAUGCCACUAGCACCGGAAAUGAUGCUUGGAAAUCAUUUACACUGAAAAACCCCACACUGUCAAAGAUUGUUCAGGGUAUACAGAGAACUGGGCUAGGUAGUCAAGAGGAGAUAUAUUUAAGUAUUAUCCCUCCACUAUCUGCCUAUGGAAAACUUCCCGACCCUAGUGCAGUGGUGGUACAACUAGCGAGAGAAGAGGCGAAAAAGCAAGAGUGGGCGGGGCAAUUCGAAAGGGCUGCAGAGGUCUAUUUGUGGGCGUUCCAUGCUUGCAUGUCCUUUGGACAUGAGCACACCAUUGGUAUCAAAGCUAGUAUUGCGAUGACUGAGUUUAUUCGGGCUAUAAGCAUCACAGCUGAGGAGAGGGAACACCAAAGCCACAUCGUUGAAUCAUCCACACGUCUGAAAGAAAUUCGAUCGAGGCUCGCCGAUGUGUUAAUUCAAUCAUCCUCUCGUCCUGUCCUGGACAUGUUGGCAAGAAUGUACGAUCUUCAAUGCCGGGAUGAAGGAUGCGAUGGAUGGAUGCUAAAAACAGAAGCUAUAUUCCAGAGUGUCCACACGCUAGAUCUUCGUAAUUCCGAACUUCUUUGUCGUACGGAGUUGCAUGAGGCCGUGAUACACGGAGAGCAAGAGCUUGACCAUUUUCAGAUACACUCUGCGUCUGUAUAUUACCAUCACCUCCAAACAAAAGAUAUUUUUGGAUGGACUCCGCUACACUACGCGGCACGGCUAAAGGAUAAAAAGAGUUUCGAUACGCUUUUGCUAAGCCAUGCAGACGUCAAUUCAACGGAUAUUGCUGGCUGGACACCUUUGCACUAUAUUAUCUGGACACGCUGCGCGCAACCAGAUAUCUGGCGGUCGCUUCUGCAAUACAACGUAGACCCAAAUGCGCAAGGACAAGACGGGUGGACACCGCUCCAUUGCGCAGCUAUCCGAAAUGAUGUCAAAAUGGCCGAUAAUUUGAUUAAUCACGGAGCUAAAGUGGGCAUCCUUGAUAACAAACGAAGGACACCACUCCACUGGGCAGCUUUCUGCGGAUCUGGUGAUAUGGUUGAAUUACUGUGUAAAAAUGUGUAUUUAGACCUACAGGAUGAAUACGGAAGAACGCCUCUUCACCUUGCUGCGGUCAAAGGUCACGAACGUGUGGUCAAAACACUCUCGAGCAUACAAGAUGCAGGCGACGAUAUUAGGGACCACGAUGGAAUGAUACCAAUAUUACUUGCGGCAAAAGGUCUCCAUGAUGAUGCGGUGAAGGCCUUCUUAGGGUGUGGCACCCUAGGGUAUGGAUUCACAGCACUCCAUGUUGCUGUUGAGAGAGGCUAUUUUCUCUUAGUCAAAGAACUUCUCGAUGCUGGUGCAGAUAAGGAGGCAUUAACUUAUGCUGGGCUUACAGCCCUACACAUUGCAAGUCGGAAAGGAAACGUCAAGAUCAUCGAGAUGCUGUUAGAGGCAGGCGCGAAUAAGAAUGCCAGGGACAUCAACAAUCGUACGGCACUGCAUAUGGCGAUGAUAGGCGAACACUUGAAAUCUAUGGGGGUUCUUCUUUCUGCGGGUAUAGACACGCAAGUGCAAGAUAAUCAAGAAUGCACGGCCCUUCACUGGGCAAUUUCAGAAGGAAUGGUCGACUGCGUGAAAACGCUACUCCCAUACCCAGGGGUCGGUCUCAGGGAUAAGAAAGGAUGGACAAUGUUGCAUCGGGCAGUUAUUAGGGGAGAUGAUGAAAUUGUCAAACAGCUCCUGUUAGAGACCACUGUGGAUAAAGAUGCCACAGAUAAUGACGGGAAUAUUGCAUUAUAUCUAGCUUGUCUAGGAGGAAACUAUGAUAUUGUGGCAAUCCUCGUGAGCGCAUGUGCAAACUUGGAGAUUCCAAAUAGACAAGGCUGGAAGGCAAUCCAUGCGGCAGCCGCGCAAGGAAACAAGUGCAUCGAAUUGCUUCUCAAUGCAGGUGCCGAAAAGGAUACACCAAAUCCGAGAGGUCUGACGCCGCUACAGCUAGCCAUUCAAGGUACCCAAGAAGAACACGAGUUAGUUGUCCAGAUACUCCUAGAUUCUGGUGCGAAUUUCAAUGGAAGAGACUCGAACCAGCGCACCCUACUUCACUGGGCUGCUGAAAUCGGAAGUCGGUCUAUCGAGGUUCUUCUCAAAAAGGGCAUGGAUAAGGACGCAGGAGACAGCGAAGAAUCAACACCACUUCAUCUAUCAAUCUUGUUAAAACACGAACUAUGUACCAAAAUACUCCUGGACUCAGGCGCUAAUAUAGAAGCAGUCGACAUAAAGAAGCGUACUCCUCUUCAUUUGGCGGCCAGAGAAGGGCACUUGGCCCCACUUGUUGAGAUACUUUUGCACGGUGCGGACAGAGAGAAGAGGGAUAAGGAUGGAUACACGCCACUACACUGGGCAGUCAAAAAAGGAAACGUUGAAAUUGUCAAACUAUUCAUGGAAGUUUCAUUGGACAAAGGAUCGCGGAAUAGAAAAGGAUGUACAGCCCUCCAUUUGGCGGCAAGGGGUGGGUAUCGAGAUAUAGUCGACAUCCUGGUUUCUCGGGGAUGGGAUAAAGAGACUCAGGACAGGAAACACCGGACACCAUUACAUUGGGCAGCUUAUUAUGGACACGAUACUGUCAUUCAAUAUCUUUUAAAUGUUGGUGUCAAUAAAGAGGCACGGGAUACGGAAGGAUUGACGCCAUUACAUCUGGCGGCGAAAAACGGACACCCACUUGUUAUUAAGACACUCAUAGAUGCAGGAAUGGAUAUGGAGUCAGAGGACAUCGUCGGACGGACCCCCCUGCACUUGGCUGCUACCAGAGGAGAGGUGCAAUCAAUCGAGGCGCUUCUCCAAGGGAAGGCUCAGUGCGAUGCUAAGGACAACCUGAUGUCAACGCCACUACAACACGCCGCUUUCUACGGAAAAGAUGAGGCUAUCCGUGCUCUUUUAAGUGCAGGUGCAGAUAUAGCAUUAAUGGAUCAAGACGGUACAGCAUUGCACUAUGCUGCGCAUAAAGGGAACCAAUCGUCCGUACAGGUUCUCCUGGAAAAAGGCGCAGACCCGAAUGAAGUCAAUAAGAAACAGUGGUCAGCAUCGCACCUCGCCGCUUUUGGUGGGCAUCUUCCGGUUUUAGAAUUGCUUGCCAGGUCCGAGGCCAAUUUCCGGGCGAAAAACAAAGAUGGAUCGACCCCGCUACAUAUGGCACUACGUGGGGGGCAUAUGGAUGUAGUGAAGACAAUGUUGGGAUGGGAAUCGGAAGCCACAGCGGCCGAGUUACACUAUGCCGCAUAUAUUGGAAAUCCAGCGGAGAUAGAAAGGCUUCAUAACAACGGCGUCUCCCUGCAUCUAACAGAUACUGCUGGACUCACGGCACUUCAUCAUGCUGCUAGUAACGGACAUGACGGAGCUGUCGCAAAACUUCUCGAGCUAGGCGCAUAUACAUCAAGUAAGGACAAAUACGGGCACACUCCUCUCUUCGAGGCUGCUACAAACUCGCGUUACGGCUGCCUGGAGAUACUAAUUAAUAAAGGCGCGGAAGUGGAUUCGCAAAGUACCGUCGGUUGGACAGCCCUACAUUGUGCUUCGUAUGAAGGGAAGGAUCAAAUCGCGAAGACGCUUCUUCAAUUCCGUGCCGACACCGAGAUAAAAACAAAUAAUGGAGAAACUGCGCUGAAUUUAGCUUGCGAUGGUGGACACGAGUCUGUAGUCAGGGUACUGUUAGCCGCGGGUGCAAAUGUCAAUCCCAAGGACCGUUCUGGAUGGACUGCCCUUCAUGGAGCCGUCUACGGCGGUCACCUCGAGGUUUUAAAGGCACUACUGGAGGCUAAGGUGGAUUUAAAUGCAACCCUAAAGGACGGGUCAACGGCAUUUCAUGUAGCGGUGCUUCUAGGGCACUUAGAAGUGGUAAAGAUACUUUGGAAGGCAGGUGCGGAUGUUUGGGCGUCGAACUUGAUCAAUGGAUGGACAGCAUUGGAGUACGCUAUUAGUAACAAAAGUCAGGAGAUAGUUGAUUUUCUUCUAAGUGAGGACAUUGUUUCGCCAGAUCAUGUCAAGUCACGAUUUACUAUGCCCGAAAAUGAUAGCGCUACAGAACCGCUUUUUAGUCUGGGACUCGAGCUGCGGGCUGAUUGGGGAAGCAAAGUCUGUGGUGGAGAGGAGGAAGAAAGAGGGAAACGGGUACUCAAGCGUCAAGUUAGAGUUGUAUUAUAG